AUGCCAGCGUUAUUUAAUGAACUUUCCUCAGGUGAUAAAUUCUCAACAGACUGGGACAAGGAAUGGUCAAACUUCAAGAAGAAAGGGAAAAAAACAUUCUUCUCUCAGUUCUCUCCAAACAAGUACGUGACCUGGAAUCCUCGGCGCUCAAACUACCCACUGUCUGAAGAAGUUGAUCCCAUCAAGAGAACAGAGAGGUCAAACCUCAGGUUAUGGACCAGUCCAGAGUUUACUCUAGUGACCAUUCUUGCCGGUGCAAGGGUGCAGCUGCUGCGGCGUGCAACCACCGCGCUGAUUUUGGCAAAUGACGAAAAAAAUAUCACUGGAGAAGCCGGGGAUGAAGAAGUGAGAAGUUGGCCUGAUGUCAGAGUGUUCGAGAAUGGGGGAAAUAGGAGGAAACAGGAGUGGGAGUUUGGGAGGAAGAGCAGAGAGAAGGAGAAUGUGAUUUUCACCCUUCAAUGGAAAAGCAUUGACAUGUACAAAGACACUAGAGCCAGUUCACUUAAAACACAAUAUUCUCAGACUUCGAAAGACAUGCGACCAGAUUAA